UUUGCUCCUAACUUCAGUAAGAAUUUUCCAAACUUUCCGAUUUUUUACAAAUAAAAUCAUUAAAAUGCCGUUGUUAACUAAAUUAGUGCGCCUUCCUUACUCGCACUUUGUACCGCAGGUUAUAAAGAGAAAGAAAUGCGAGGGAAAAGUAAUAAUGCGGUUUACUUUUAGGUUAGGUACAAGGACAAACAAUUUGAUUGUUCGGUGAUAAUGAGCUUUCGUAACAAUGCCACAUGAUUGUUGGAUUCAUUUAAAAAAUGGGAUAGUCAGUUUCAUAAACUUUAUCAAACUGAUAACGGUGGAACCAUCAAUGGUGCUAUACAUGAUGGCAUUCAUGACGACUUCCAUUGUUGAGCAGGCAUUCUUCGUUGAUAAGGCUUGCAGGGUGAACCACAAUUUCACUCAAGCCAUCUGUGAUGAUAUAUCCAAUCCGAUAAAUGCCGACGCAAAUAAACAUGUGCAGCUUACAGUGUCCGAAUUUCAUCAAUGGAACGACAUCGCGGGCCACGGCGGUCAAAUAAUACUGGCCUUCUUUAUGGGCGCCUGGUCCGACAAGCGUGGCAGAAAAAUUCCGUUACUACUAGGUUUAAUCGGCAAAUGUUACUACUCAGUAAUGAUCGUUGUAAAUAGUGUAUAUUACACUUGGCCCGUCGAAUAUGUUAUUUACACAGCGACACUGCCCAUGACAAUUACCGGCGCGGAUGUGGCAAUUUUCGCGGCUGCUUUCGCGUACAUUUCAGAUAUUAGUUCUUCGAAUAGCAGAACUUUGCGUGUCACUAUAUUGGAAGUGUGCUACUUGGCAACUAUGCCGACUGGAAUCGCUCUAGGCAAGUUUUUGUUUAGCGACGUAACCAAUAGGUCGUAUACUAUAAUGUUUAUUAUCAAUGCAAGUUUGCUUGUGGCAGCUAUAAUCUAUACUGGCUUAAGGCUGAAGAUGCGCACGAAUGACAAACAAAGGCCAAUAUCCGACGCGAACAACGUUGUUACGGAUUUCUUCGAUUAUAAGCACGUGGUGGACACGUUUAAAACAAUUUUCAAACGACGCCAAUUUACGCAAAGAGCAUUCCUGCUGUUGCUCAUACUAGCAAUGGCGACGUACACGUUUCAAAGGGACGAGAGGCAGAUGAGUUACUUGUAUUUACAAUGGGUGUUCAAUUGGAAUUUCGACCAAGUCAGUACGUUUCGCACCUUUCAAUCUGCAAUUCAAGACGUGAUGUUGCUGGUCGCCAUUCCGCUGAUGAGCAAGUUGUUGGGCUGGAGAGAUACGAUUAUCGCAUUGAUCGGGGCGCUUGCGCAUAUUGCAGCUAGAAUAUUUUACGCGUCGGCCAACGUCGGUUGGAUGUUUUACUUGGGCGGUGUGUUCGCAUCUUUGGGCCCUGUAGUUGCGCCAAUUAUUAGAUCCAUGGUAUCGAAAUUAGUCGCUGUGGCAGAAAGAGGCAAAGUGUUUUCCAUGCUGGCAGUUGCAGACAAUGCGAUACCAAUAGUGUCGGCAACUGUUUACAAUCAGGUUUAUAAAAAAACGCUGCACAAUCAUCCCGAGGCAAUUUUUUAUGUUACUAUUGCGUCUCAAGUCGUUGUACUGUGCAGUUUUCUUUUUAUUCAUUGUACUGCUUCUUCGGAAUCGUUAAGUCAUCGGGAAAUAGAAGAAAGUGUCGAUGACGCUGACCAUUUAACUGAUCCAACAGCAAACAAGGAAGAAAUUAAUUGAUUAAAAUGUUCUCAAGUAGAAUUUGUUAAGUUUUACACUAAACAUGUAGUAAGUG